AUGUCGUGGGUGUGGUUCAAGGACAACCCCCGCGGCCCCCACGAAGGCGCACUGCGGCUACAUCUCCGAACCCACACUGGAGAAAAGCCCUUCAAGUGCACUUUGUGCCACAAACAAUUUUCUCAAGAAGGCUCACUGCGGAUACAUUUUCAAACCCACACUGGAGAAAAGCCCUUCGAGUGCACUUUGUGCCACAAACAAUAUUCUCACGAAAACUCACUGCGGCUACAUCUCCGAACCCACACUGGAGAGAAGCCCUUCCAGUGCACUUUAUGCCCCAAGAAAUUGUCGGCAGGUUAUGCACUUCGGGCACAUCUUCUAACCCAUACUGGAGAGAAGCCCUUCGAGUGCACUUUAUGCCAGAAGAAAUUUUCAAGAUCUGACCAUCUCCGGGCACACCUCCGAACCCACACUGGAUAAAAGCCCUUCAAGUGCAUUUUAUGUCAGAAGAAAUUUUCAACAAAUUAGGAACAUCUCUAAAUUCCUCUGGAAAGAAGCCUUUCGAGUGAUCUUUAUGUCACAAACAAUUUUCUAGAGCUGGCACACUGCGGGGUUAUUUUCGAACUCAAAAACUGGUGAGGAGACCUUCGUGUGCACUCUAUGCCAUAACUUUUUUUUUGCUUCGGGCACAUCUAUAGACCCGCUGGAGAGGAAGCCAUUCGAGUGCAUUUUAAGCUAGAAUAAAUAUUAGUUUAGUUGCUGCAAAUUGCUGUUUUUGAUGAUCAGGAGGUGUUGUAUACGAAAAAGGGCAAAGCAAGACUGUUCAUUCUUCUGAAAACCAAUAAAUGAAUCUAUU